AUGAAAGAACAUUGGUACUUUAAUACUUGCUCACCAUGGCUUCUUGUAGCCUGUCCCAGGGCACCACAUUGUUUAGCGCGGCAAGCAUGGUUGGGGGAGAGGGAAAGAGUUCCACCUCGCGAACCACACAACAUGUGCUUAGGAUUACACGAGCGCCUACUUUUACUGCUUUCUACCUAG